AUGAGACGCUUGCAUGAUCCGGUCGCCUCGGCUGCACUCAUGCACCGGCGUCUCGUUACGCUCGCCCAACAAAGGGCGUCUUCUGCUUGGCUCGCGUCCCGCUCCCAUGGCAUACAGCCAGCGACAAAGGAAGCUGCCAUCUUCACACGCACACAAAACUUUGCAUGCUCUACGCUACAAUGGCAGGCAUCUCUGUACCGAGAUGCCGUGCCACCGUUGUCACACCGGCAAGUGGCUUCCUCCGCCGAGCGUCGCAGCGCCACCUUUGAGACAGAGGACCGUCUUGAUCGGCCAACUGCCACGAUGUGCCACGCUACGUCUGUACCGUGGCUCAACAUGCAAAAGCGUGGCAGCACUGUGACUCUGGGCCUGACUGUAAGCGGAUGGCGCUCAAACCUUCCCAAGAAGCUUGCACGGUUGCCAUUGAACAAUCUGCAGCCAACGAACACACCAAGCCACUCGAACUUUGUUGUCGCCGCGAUUGCCGAGCAACUCCAUCGGAUCCUUGCCUCCGCACAUCAAUGCACCGCCGCAGCAGCCUUCGAAGGCGCGGGCCGCAGUUUGGCUUUCGGGCUUGUGGGCUUGAUUCAGCCCAGCCUGCGGCCGCCUGUUGGGUUCAAGGGCACAUGUCAGGGCGCCGCUUUGGCGAGCCCAACCGGCCUCUCGGUUGGUGGGGUGCGGUCUGCAAGGUUCAGCAGAGCACGAGGCGCACAUAUUCGCAUCACGGCCAUGACGACAAGGUCCAUCUUUGCGCGACUCUCGCAGUCGCUGCGGGCGCCCGCUGCUCGCUCCUUCUCCUCCUCUUCGCGUGCUAGUCAGGCACCCGUGCCACGCCCCACCAAGCCCGCCUCGCAGUCGCAACCGGCCCUGCCACCAACACCACGAUCGCAGCUCGAGCAGAUCAAGCAGUACCCCGCCCACCCGCUUCUCCAGUUCUUCCGCACACACCGAUACGAGAUCACCGACAAAUCGCUCGGUGGCCCCGCCGCCGUCGAGGAGACCAUGCAGGAUCUCGUCACGCCCACAAAGUACUAUGUCCGACUUCCGCAUGCUGUACACCAGGACGACCUCGGCCGUGAAGCCAACAGCAGGUCAUGGCUCGCCAGCGAGCUGAGGCUCAAGAGCUCCAAGGAUCUCCACACGCUCUGGUACGUCCUCCUCAUGGAGCGAAACCGCCUCGCUACGGCCUGGGAGGAAUUGCAACGUGUGGGCGCCCGCCAGGCGGCCAGGAUGUGGUCUCAGAACCUAGGCCGAAAGAACCACAGGGUGCGCAAGUCGAUGGCGCGCAUCAAGUUUGUUCUCAACGAACGUCGUCUUGCCCUCAUCGACGCACAGAAGCAAGUGCGCGAAGCUGUCCCGGCGCCCGAACCCACCCAGGGUGGCAGCCUCUUUGAAGAUGUCGACGCGGAAGACAGCCCGAAGCCUUCUUCGGCAUAG